AUGGAUACUGAUCCCUACCAGGAAUUGAGGAUGGAUACUGAUCCCUACCAGGAAUUGAGGAUGGAUAUUGAUCCCUACCAGGAAUUGAGGAUGGAUACUGAUCAUAUGACAUACGAGCAACUUCUACAGCUGUGUAACAGUAUGGGCUAUGAGAACUCUAGUGUAAAAGCAAGCAACAUAGACCGUUGUUUUCGAAACACCAAACCCUCCGAAUUUCAAUCUCUUGCCGAUAAAAUAUGCUGCAUCUGUCAGGAUAGGUUUCAGAGGAGAGCUGGGGUUGGAAAAUUGAAUUGUGGGCACAACUUCCAUAUCAACAGCGUGAAACCAUGGAUAUUGACGAAGAAACAGUGUCCGGUGUGUCAGAAAACAGCACACGAUGAUGAACAUCAAACUCAAUCAUAUCAAGUAGAGACAAUUGUACUAAGCGAUGAUGAUGAAGAGGACAUGAACAGUCGCGAUCACCAACAGUAUGAUCCAGAGCAACUGUUGUUGUUCUAUGAAAUCCCUACAGGAAGAACACACAGACCAUUCUCUCUCACGAGUAUGAGGAAGUGGUGGGAUCAGGGGGAAGAUGUAUUUUUAAAAAUGGACAACAUAAAAGGGUAUUGUUGCAAAAAGGUAGUGAAAAAGGGUAGUUUUGCAAAUCCAUCCCGCCAUAUAAAUCCGUCCCGUGAUAACUAA